AUUAAUUAUUCGUGAUUUUAAUUAUCAUGACUACGAGACAGCGCAAUAUAUUGCUUUGAUAGUGGUUGAUUUGUAUAUAUUUGAAUUAUUGUAUCGGCCUGUGAUGAGAUUACCACUAGUUAUGCAUCAUUGCAUCACAAUUUGUAUUCCAAUCUUUGUGGCCUAUAUUAUACAAGAAGGUGACAACCUUGAUCUUCUUCCACUAGCAUUGAUCAUCCUAUUUCAAGCUACCACCGAACAAAUAACUUUUGUUGGGUUGUUUCUCUAUCGAAUAAAACCUUCUUUGUCGUCACGAACGUUAUUAUUUGCCGCUGUUCAAGUUUCCAUCUUGAAAUUUUCUAUGCUUGUUUGGAGUUACGUGUUUUGGGGACGAUACGUGUUGCCGCAUCGAGAAGGACAAUCUUUGGUGAAAGCAUUCAACGUAAUAUUUCCAAUCAGUGGAAUCAUUCUUUUUGGAACACAAAUUUGGUCAACUUAUGUCGUAUAUAAAAUUGCAAUUAAAGCUC